ACUACCACUGAGAUUAUAGUAUUAACUAUCCUAUCUAGCUUCGUUGUCCGUCGUUUGCACCUUCAGUACCCGUCGUGAAUCCCUAUCCUUGGUCCACUGUGCAAACACCUUGUUCAUCAUUUACCCUACAUGCAAGCGGUGGAUGUACUUCGCCCCGGUCGUUUUGGGUCUCAUGUUCACCGUCGGUGUCUUUAUGGGUUGGAGUACGUUGAGCCGCACCAAGGAGAUGCCGUACGAAAUGCUUAUUCCCAUUUACAUCGGAGGCUGCUUCUGGGUCUGGACAUACGAAACAAUUUACCAACACAUGGAUAAAAGUGAUGAUGUGAAGAUCGGGAUUCGCUCUUCUGCCUUGCUCUGUGGUCAAUAUACAAUCCCUGUGUGCUUUUCCACUGCAGUAGCAUUCUUCGGACUGCUUAGCUACGGAGGGUACUUGAAUGGCCACAGUUACCCAUUCUUUGCUGGAGUUCUGUUAGCUGCAGGACUGUUAUUGUCGAAACUUCUACGUACCGACAUUGAUCGACCCGCUGAUUGCAGAGACUUUUUCCUGCAAACACCUUUGAUUGGGCAAAUCCUUGUCGGAGGCUUCGUAGCUGACGCCAUCAUUGGUCGAAUUUCGAGUGGCAUAGCUCUUUGAGCAGGUCAUAACCUACCACAAUUUCAUUCUCGCUUGCAGUUUUCGAAUUUUACAACAUGCUAAAGUUUAAUAUAUGCUCUAUUUUCCUGAUGUCCUCGCGCAAAAUUUGGCGCUUCAUCGUACUGGACAACCUGUAGCAUUCCUUCUCUUCCCGUGUUGUUGGCUUUAUUUUGUUGUAUGUAGUGGCAUGGGCCUCCGAUGACUGUGAAUUUCAGUAGUUAUUUCAAUCAGCAUUGAGCAAUGGAAUAGUCAACUGUCACAUUCAGUGUGUACAUAUACAUAUUGUAAUUUGUAUAAAUUACCGUUAAUUGACUGCAUCGAUAAUCUUGAUGCUCUA